AUGACGGAUUGGACGAGCUCACAGACGCUAGCGCUUCAGGGCGCAAUAGCGCAGAAAGUGUCUCUCAUCCUCGUCGGUGUCUGCAUACACGAAUUCCUUGCUUCGAUCGCGUUCGAUCUGAGGUUGGUCACGAAGUUGGACUCGCGACCUUUACUGGUCAGGGCCGUCAAAUGGGUAUACAUCUGUUGUCGGUACUGCAAUCUCGCUACGUGUCUGGGCCUGGUCUUCCUCUUUGGUUCUCACGGGGUUUCGCAUUGCUCGGUAGUUGUACGUGUGACUACUUCCUCAUGUACCGCGGCAGUCCUAUGCGGGAGCGUGCUCUUGUUCAUCCGAGUCGGUGUUAUUUGGAAAUGGGAUGUGCGAAUAAAGGCGGUGUUUGCACUUCUAUUCUUCGGCAUCGCCGCGGUUCUGCUUUACACACUCGUCUCGGUACACUCAACGUUCGACGCGACUCCCGGUCUUACCGGAUCGGCCUGCGACUUGAGCGACAUCAAGUCCGAUCUGCCAUACCUCUGCGCCUUUCUUGCUUUGGACGCGUCACUGCUCUUCUUCUACUUCUGGGGAUUGUGGCGCCGGCGCUAUGAGAGCAGUUCGGCGCUUUGGGACACUUUGAGACGACAGAGCUUCGUAUACCUUGCAGUGGCGGUUGUAUUGGAGAUACCUGCGCUGGUGUUUGUUGCCCUUGAUUACAAUGAGUUUGUCAUCCUGAUCUUCAUGGUGCCAUAUAUCUGCAUGCUACCCAUAGCAACGGCACGUCUCUACCGCUCCUUGACAAGCUUCAUCACGAUGAGUGAUCAAUGUACAACGUCCGAAUCCGCGCUGCAGGACUCAAACCAUAGAGACCAGUGA